AUGACUUCACCUUGGAUCUAUAUUAUUGAUUUUCUACUUGAAAACGGUGCUGAUCCAACAAUGCGCUAUGAAGGGAAGACAGCUCUAAGAUUAUGCAUAGAAAAUGAUUUCGAAGAUAAUGUAAAACAUCUAAUACAGCACGAUACCAACGAUAUUCAGCUAAAAUUCGAAAAUGAUAUGACGUAUAUGCAUAUUGCUAUUAAACAUGGCAAUCCUAUAUUUGUAAGAUACAUUAUUGGAGCUAAUAUCUUCCAAGAGUAUUUAGAUGAGAAUGAUAAUAGUUAUCUACACUAUGCAGCAUUAUCAGAUAAUAAGGAAAUCAUUAAACUUAUUAUUAAUUAUCAGAAAAAGAUAGCUUUAACAUAUAAAGAUGGAAUGACACCUCUGAUGAUUGCUGUUAAAAAUAGUAACACAAAAUUUAUUAAUGAAUACAUGAAGUACCACGAAAACUAUUGGAUUCCAAUCAAAGAUUUUUAUCGUUCAUUAUUCUAUUCGAUCAUUCUGAACAACAACACAUUUGAGUAUUUUCUUCCUUAUUUUGCUACAUAUUUUGAAUAA